ACUCUUUUGAUUUCCUAAAAAAAUUUAGAAGCCUAUAUAUAGUAUAGAAAGAUAUUAAGGCAGCUUCAUUUUUUGGUUAUAAGAAAUGAAGACAAAGAUGAAUAAAGUUGAAUGUCAGGCUUAGAAGAAGAGCCUACUGCUCAAUCUGAUUUGAUGGUUAAUAAUAUGAGAGCAAUUACAAGAUUUAUUAGACAUCUAAUAAUUUAUCAGUUCCAAUCAUAUCUUAUUCAUUUUGCUUUAUUUUGUUCUUUUAGAGAUGUGUACUAUUCAACUCUUUGUUAAGAAGUAUUUUAGAUAUUCUUUUUAAUUAAAUUCUGAAAUUGAUAGUUGGCUUUGAAAGAAUUAAAAUUAAAGAAGGGACGAAUUAUUUGAUAUUCAAACCGAUAAUUGCAUAUAUAGAUAUAGAUAUAACUGUUGAAAUAAAUAAAUCAUAUCCAAAUAUCUUGCUGAGAUGCUAUUUAUUUAAAUAGAGUAUGCUUUAUGAUGAAAAUUACAGUAGAUAAGUAACUGUUAGAUGGUAUUGGAGGAG